AUGAGACUAUCAACAUCAGCAACAGUACUGGCCACUGUUAGCUGCGCAGCAGCCUGCAUACACAAUGACGCUCUAGAGGCUCGCGGACUUGGUCCGAGCCUCGAUUGGUCGGCGUCAUACGUCCCACGGCUAUUGAGACGGCAAGAAAGAAAUGAGGUAAAAAUCUUCUUCGGCCAGAUUCAGAAUGUCGGCGCAGAGAUUUAUGGCUGCUACGCUGGUGGUUCUGACGAUGUCGACAAAGUACCGCAAGGUAUCCAGCCCGAGACUGUCAACCUAGGCAAUGAAGGGUUCGAUCCAAACCUGGACUUGGGCGUCAUGGUCUACUACAUUAAAGCCUCUCAAAAUUCAGUGUUCAUGUUUGACACAUCGACAGCAAAGAUCCUCGCCGACAGUUGCAAUGAAAAACUGCAGCAGACUACUGGGCUCACCAUUGAAAAGGUCAUUCUGAGCCAUGAGCAUGGCGAUCAUGUCUCUGGUCGCAAUGCAAAAAGCUUAAAGAAUGUCCCAGUUGUGGCGCAAGACACGCUUGUGCAAAAGUUUGGCUUGAAGGACGGCGGAGAUGUCGCUUUGAAGCAAGGGGAAUCUCAAAGCUUUGCGAUGGAGGACGGCAUGAUGAAUGUGACAAAUGUACAAGCUCACACUCAGCUUGGGACAGUUGCCAUGAUCAACGGGGUUGCACUGAUGGGAGAUGAGCUGGAGAGCACCAUCAAUUUCCUCGUCAGCAGGAAUACACUGAAGCAGAGCAAGCAAUUGCAGAAAAGCGACGACAUACUUUCGCAAAACAACAUUGUCAAAGUCUUGCCGGCUCACGGGAGUGGAGCAGCCUUGUUUAGUGGCCAAUUUGGCCUCGAUCUUCUGCAAUCCAACCAAAAAUACUUGCAGCUCAUGGCUGCCAAUCCCCAAUCCGUGUGCUCGCAGGCGAGUAAUCAGCAGCAGGAGGCCAAGGUCAAAGCCAAACUCGCUCAGUCAAUUGGAGUUGGGGCAAAAGACAUAACAGCUGCUUACUUUGCCACCCACAUCGAUGAGAAUUGCAGAACGGUGGGCGUCAGUGCGAAACAGGAUGGACGGAAUCAAAAGCAAGUGAUGUUCCGGAAUAGAUCAGGAAGAAACACCGAGCAGAACGCAAGCGAGUUGAUUUGA